GUGCUAGCAGGGCUCUCCGCUUCCCCCCACCUGUACCAGGCCGGGCCUGCGGAGCCCGUGCUUGGCAGCCCACCCCGUGGCGACAGGACUCGGUGUUCCCGGCAGGUCCCCGCGCAGACAUCCAAGCCGGGGGUCAGGAGGCCCGGCGAGCCCGGGGGAGGGCGCGGGGCUCUGCGGCUCGGUCCCCGGGGUCCGCCCGCCUCCUGCACGCGUUUCUAGGCCCGGAAGAGGCCUGCCUAGCGGGAGGCGACGAGGAGGGGACGCCCGAUCUGGGGGCGGGCGACGCGCCAUCAGGCUAAGCAAUGGCAUUUCAGAAGGCGGUGAAGGGGACUGUUCUUGUGGGAGGAGGAGCUCUCGCGACUGUCCUGGGCCUCUCCCAGUUUGCUCAUUAUAGAAGGAAGCAAGUAAACCUGGCCUAUGUGGAAGCAGCAGAGUACCUUGCAGAACCUGUUAACAGGGAGCCUCCUUCCAGAGAAGCUCAGCUCCUGACUUUGCAGAACACAUCAGAAUUUGAUAUUCUUGUUAUUGGAGGAGGAGCAACAGGCAGUGGCUGUGCACUGGAUGCUGUCACCAGAGGACUAAAAACAGCCCUUGUAGAAAGAGAUGAUUUCUCAUCGGGGACCAGCAGCAGAAGCACUAAAUUGAUCCACGGUGGUGUGAGAUACCUUCAGAAGGCCAUCAUGAAGUUGGAUAUUGAGCAGUAUAGGAUGGUAAAGGAAGCCCUUCAUGAACGUGCCAACCUACUAGAAAUCGCUCCUCAUUUAUCAGCUCCAUUGCCUAUAAUGCUUCCAGUUUACAAGUGGUGGCAGUUACCUUAUUACUGGGUGGGAAUUAAGCUGUAUGACCUGGUUGCAGGGAGUAAUUGUCUGAAGAGUAGUUACGUGCUCAGCAAAUCCAGAGCCCUGGAACAUUUUCCCAUGCUGCAGAAGGACAGAUUGGUAGGAGCCAUCGUCUACUAUGAUGGACAGCACAACGAUGCACGGAUGAACCUUGCCAUCGCCCUCACUGCUGCCAGGUAUGGGGCUGCCACGGCCAAUUACAUGGAGGUAGUGAGCUUGCUCAAGAAGACAGACCCCGAAACGGGCAAGGAGCGGGUGAGCGGUGCACGGUGCAAGGAUGUCCUCACAGGGCAGGAAUUUGAUGUGCGAGCCAAGUGUGUUAUCAAUGCUACGGGACCUUUCACAGACUCUGUGCGCAAAAUGGAUGAUCAGAACGCUGCGGCGAUCUGCCAGCCAAGUGCCGGCGUCCACAUUGUGAUGCCUGGUUACUACAGCCCAGAGAGUAUGGGCCUUCUUGACCCUGCGACCAGUGAUGGAAGAGUUAUUUUCUUCUUACCCUGGGAAAAGAUGACCAUUGCCGGCACUACCGACACUCCCACGGAAAUCACACAGCAUCCAAUUCCUUCAGAAGAGGACAUAAACUUCAUUUUGAAUGAAGUGCGUAACUACCUGAGUUGUGAUGUUGAAGUGAGAAGAGGAGACGUCUUGGCAGCAUGGAGUGGCAUCCGCCCCCUUGUUACAGAUCCUAAAUCUGCAGACACCCAGUCCAUCUCCCGGAAUCAUGUUGUUGAUAUCAGUGAGAGUGGCCUUAUUACAAUAGCUGGUGGAAAGUGGACAACUUACCGGUCUAUGGCAGAAGAUACUGUGAAUGCUGCUAUCAAGAUUCACAACUUGAAAGCAGGACCAAGUAGGACAUCUGGGCUCUUCCUUCAAGGAGGCAAAGAUUGGAGCCCCACACUCUACAUCAGGCUUGUACAGGAUUAUGGGCUUGAGAGUGAGGUGGCACAGCACCUUUCCACCACUUAUGGUGACAAGGCUUUUGAGGUGGCCAAAAUGGCAAGUGUGACUGGAAAACGCUGGCCUAUUGUUGGAGUGCGUCUGGUGUCAGAAUUUCCAUAUAUUGAAGCAGAGGUGAAAUAUGGGAUUAAGGAGUAUGCUUGCACUGCCGUGGAUAUUAUUUCACGUCGGACACGCUUGGCUUUUCUCAAUGUUCAGGCUGCAGAGGAAGCCCUUCCUAGGAUAGUUGAGCUAAUGGGCAGAGAACUGAACUGGAGUGAUUCUAGGAAACAGAAAGAACUUGAAACAGCCAAGAAAUUUCUGUAUUAUGAAAUGGGCUAUAAAUCUCGAUCUGAGCAGUUAACAGAUCGCUCUGAAAUUAGCCUGCUGCCUUCAGACAUUGACAGGUACAAGAAGAGAUUUCAUAAGUUUGAUGCAGACCAAAAAGGUUUUAUCACCAUUGUUGAUGUUCAGCGUGUAUUAGAGAGUAUCAACGUGCAAAUGGAUGAAAAUACACUGCAUGAAAUUCUGAAUGAAGUAGAUUUGAACAAAAAUGGACAGGUUGAACUAAAUGAAUUUUUGCAGCUGAUGAGUGCUAUUCAGAAAGGAAGGGUGUCUGGAAGCCGGCUUGCUAUCCUGAUGAAAACUGCUGAAGAGAACCUUGACCGAAGAGUUCCAAUUCCCGUGGACCGUAGUUGUGGAGGAUUGUGAGUCUGACCAGUAAAUCCAUGCCAGACAACAUAGGGACAGCAACACCAUUUGACAACCAGAGAUGACUUAAACCACUCUAAAUAGUGGCUAUGGUAGCUGACCUUUUUUUUUUUUUUUUUUUUUUAACACUGGAAAACAUUCCAAAACUUCUAAGACAUUGGUGUAUUUACCAACCUAAUUUCCCAAUACUUUAUUUGAAUUUUCCCGUUGAUCUAGUUUCUAAAACGUAUAUUUUCUCAUCUUCAAUGCACAUUAAUUUAAUGUUUUGCAUUCAUCCUGUGACCUGUUAGACUUGACACUCUCCUUUUCUAUUCAUAUAUUUUGAAUAUUUCUGGAGGCAGAAUCUUUUGGACGAAAUUGGAGAAAGAAGCUGGAGAGACAACUUUGUAAUGCUCUCUCAGCUCUUAAGCUUGCAUUAGUUCUUAAAGAAUAAGAAACACCUGUUGCAAUGAUAGGGAUAUGGAGACUUCUUGGCUCUUUCUUCCUCCAGUUUGUCAGCCUCUGUCUUCUAAACCAUGCUGCCCAGUGUUAGGUUUGGAGCAUGGCUGGUUAAGCAGGAGAGGAAGGAAAAAAAAAUAGUUGAGGUCUGGUUUCGAUCUGGUUAUAAGUCUGAAAGAGAAAGUCUGAAGGCUUCCAGAAUCGCAGGUGUAAGAUAGGGACAGCACUGACAUUUGUGGGAGCUACAGUGAUAGUUUCAUCUCAGCAGUUCAGUUUUUUUCCCCACUCACUGCUGGUUUUCUUUAACUGUGAGAGUUGCCAGAAAUAUCCUUGCUUUUCUUACUUUAAAACUAGCAUUUAAGUGGUAAGUUGGAUAUAAUAGGAUGAGACCAAAUCUUUCCAGUCUUUACAGGAGUAAUAAUAUGAUGAUAGAAUUUUCAAGUCCUAUAUUUUGUAGCAGAUGGUAUUGUCAAACCAGUUCUUUUGGGGUAGUACUUGCAAACAGAUAAUAGGAUAAGAGUGAAUAGAUUUUAGUUAACUUUAAUUAUAAUUACCUAUUAGGUAAGGCACAACUAUUUAAUAUCUAAGAACAGUCUGUUUACUUGAAAGCCUUUCACUUUCUGUACUUAAUGGGAGAAAACGUUCUAAUUUUUUAAACAAUAACAAAAAAUAAAGAUAUGCAAGUACAUAUAUACUACACCAGUGCGCAUCAAAUUUAACAAUAAUGUGUCAAAUGAAAAAUACCAGUUUUGGAUGAUUUUGCUCUAUUUUGUUGGCAUUUUUAGGGAGUCAUCUUAAUAUUUGUUAUCCUUCUUUUGAAGCUAACUACUACUUUUUUAAAAGAUCAGGUUUUGUUUGAAAUAGGAAGGGCAAUCCUUAUUUCACAUUUAUUUUUUGGUCAGAUUGAAUUGUGUACAUGUAUAAAUUGGCACAUAAAACUCUUUUGUGCUAUCCUUUGUAUUUAUGUCAACUUUAUUGAUAUCUUUUUGCUUCAUUCAUGUGGACUAUGAGCCUGUCUAUCAUAAACUUGGAGGUUCACUUACCCAAGCUCCCACACAGCACAUCUGAAACAAAUAAGACCUACAGGAAAAGCAGCAUCUUAACUCAGAAAACUUAAAAAUAGAGCUAGUGAUGAUCCCAGGUGUCACUGUGAAUUUUCUAAGUGUGAUUUCUUUUUUACACUGACUUUCUAAAUUAAUGGAUACAUGUGGCUUUGCAACUUAGAGUUUUUCUAUCAAGAAAAUAAAUUUCACUGAGUAUAACCUAGUGACAUUAAAUAGGUGGAAAUGCUGUCCGUCAAAACAUCCCAGAUGAUGUGACAGUGUUGUACAUGUAUACUUUCUCUCUCUUUCUCUCUUUUCUAGUUAGAUCAAGAUAACCGUGGCUUGUAUCCUCCCCGAUUGUCUUACAGUAGGGAUUGGGUUUAGAAUGCGACUUACUUAGGCAGAUAUGUGCUUGCAAAGCAGGUCUUGCUUUUGAAUGUUUUGCUAUGAGGGAAGUUCCUUUAAGGACAAAGAAGACCGCACUUUUCUUCAUUUGAGCAUAUCUGCUUUUGCUAAAAAUCUGCUAAUUCUAAAGCAGGCUCCUUCACCAAUCCUAGAGAUUCGUUUUGCAUGAACUGGUUUCAAGUCAUUACUGGGAAUAAAGCACCCAGCAUUUUGUAUAAGUUUAAUUAAAUCUGUACAGCUUUAAAAUUUUUUAAACCUGACUUCAGAAAAGGUGAAAAGACACAAGGGAAUAAGCACCUUCAAAACCCAUUCUGAAUACAAAACAACAUUUUUUACCUUCUUUUCAUGUAAAACUAAUACCAGUUGACUUGUUGAGGUGUUGGGCUGGGUGUGCAGGGGUCACCUUUCUGUAACCAAAUGUUUUAGUUUAAGAGCCUUUCAGGGGAUUCAGGUGAAGGAACCGCAACUGUGUGGCAAGUUGGAUAUUCCUUUAACUAGCCUCUACUUCAGUUGUCAUAAUAGUAAUAAUGCUGGAUUUCUGUUCGUUUGUUUAACUGAGCCAAGAUUGUCUGCCUCAUAUCUGUCAUGCUGCAAUAUCCAUGCUUUCAAUUAGUUUAUACUGAGUGUAACUAAGAUUUCUGCUAGUAAGUGCAUGCAUCUUGUUCUGCCUCAGUUUCUGGCUUGAUUUUUAUCUGUUUUAAAAUAUGCAGCUUCCUCUCUUGUACAACAAAAGUUUUAUUGUAAUUUUAUGAAAUAUGGGGUCAUCAUUGAUUUUUUUUGUUCCCUUUUUAUGCUUCUGUGAAGACUCUUUUGCAUAUGAAUGUAACCCCAUAUUGAAGUCCGUGAUGCUGUAACUUGCACUGUUUUGCAUUAUAUAAACCUUUUCUGAAGAGCAAAUAAAAGCCCUUAAAAAAGUUUUUAAAGAAUAUCAGGAAUUAGCACAGUACUGGAGUGGACAUUCUCACUGCAUGUUUUCUUAUUGUGGCACCUUUAUGUGUUGUAUUGGGUUAUUGUUCUAGAUUGGACUGUUAAAUACUAUGUUUGAGGCUGGGUUGUCAUUUUUAUAACUGUCUUGGUAUUUUAUCACCAUUAUUUAUUACUUUUGAUAUACAGAAUGAGCUGCAUGCAUUUAUAGAGCAGUAAGAGGAUAUAUUUAAUGUGCCUUGUUUUUAACUGAAUAAGAAGGAAAGCAUGAAUCAAUAAAACUGAUUAAAAUGGUG